CAUGCCAUUUCUCUCUCGAUUCUCUUUUCGAUUGAUUCCCCUUUCGCGGACUACCUUGCGAAGGUUUUAUUUUCUUCGAGUGAGACUUUCCCGGCGAGAUGGCGAAAACGGCGCCAUUGAUGUUAUGUACCUUCCUCCUAUUAGGAACCCUAACUCUCAUCCAGGCAAAGAAGUCGAAGGGGAAUCUGAAAGAAGUGACUAACAAAGUUUACUUCGAUAUUGAAAUCAACGGGAAGGCUGCUGGUCGAAUCGAGAUGGGACUUUUCGGGAAGGCUGUUCCUAAAACCGCUGAAAAUUUCCGAGCUCUAUGCACGGGUGAGAAGGGUGUUGGGCACAGCGGAAAGCCUCUACACUUCAAGGGCACUGCGUUCCACAGGAUUAUUCCCAGCUUCAUGAUUCAAGGAGGAGAUUUUACCCACGGCGAUGGAAGAGGUGGAGAAUCAAUCUAUGGAGAGAAGUUCGCUGAUGAGAAUUUCAAGCUGAAGCAUACUGGCCCAGGCCUUCUGUCUAUGGCAAACGCUGGUCCAGAUUCAAAUGGUUCACAAUUUUUCAUCACUACAGUGACAACUAGCUGGUUGGAUGGUAGACACGUUGUGUUUGGAAAGGUGUUGUCUGGAAUGGACGUGGUUUAUAAAGUGGAGGCUGAGGGAAGUCAGAACGGAACACCUAAGAGCAAAGUUGUGAUCGCUGACAGCGGUGAACUCCCUCUAUGAUGACAACGGACAGGUGGCCAUUUAUUUUUCCAUUCAAGCAUUACAUAGUUUGCGUUUCUUUUCUUUUUUAUAUGCUGUUUACGAUAGAUUUGGUGCACAAUGGAUUCUCUCUUAAUUUAUAGUAAUGUUUUACGUUCGGAGUUUACUGUCUUUU